AUGAGAUCUUCAUUAGAUAUUUGUGCUAUUGUGCAAGUAGAUGUAGUAGAUGCGCUAACAGAUGUAGUAGAUAUGCUAGUAGAUGUAGUAGAUGCACUAGUAGGUGGUGUAGAUGUGCUAGUAUAUGUAGAUAUGUUAGUAGAUGUAGUUAAUGUAGUAGAUGUACUAGUAGAUGUAAUAGACGCACUAAUAGAUGUAGUAGACGCACUAGUAGAUGUGGUAGAUGAGCUAGUAGAUGCGCAAGAAGAUGAAGAUCAUUCCCACCCUUGGAAGGAAGACACAGGAGCAUCGAGUGUGAUGACGGGGGAGAAGACCUGCGCGCCAGAGGCAGCGUGGAAGCCGGCGGCCCGGGUGGUGUGGGGCUGGGUGAACGCUGUCAGGCUGGCCACCCUGGAGCCCGUCAUGCUCCUCGACGGAGCAUGUAACCAGGCCAUGCUCAUCUUCUCCGAGAACAUUCAGCUCAACAAGAUAUGCUCCGUCAAGCUCGGCCUGCCGGAGGAGGUGUGUGGGAACAUGACAGCCUACGAGGAGGAGACCAUCGUGGCUCAACAGGCCUUCACAAAGUUCUCGGUGUACAACGCCAUCCUCAUGUCGCUGGUGCCCGCCUUUAUGGGCAUCUUCCUCGGUGCCUGGAGCGACAAGUACGGCCGCAAGGUGCCUCUACUCAUCACCCUGACAGCGCACGCGUGCUACGCCGGCGGCUACCUGCUCUAUAAUUACAUGUCGUGGUGGCCGGUCGAAGUGCUGUUCUUGGUGACGUUCCUGGAGGCCCUGGGGGGCGGGAACGCCUGCUUCCUGGCCAUGGGUACCUGCUAUACCAGCGACCUGAGUUCCCUCAAGACUCACACCUCCAGGGUGAGUACCAACAACUCCCUGUGGUACCUCGGAGGACCCCUGGGUACUCUCCUCUGCGGGUUCUUCAUCGCUACGGGAAACGACAACGGCGGACUGUUGCUGUUGUUGAUAGCGUAUCUCGCCGCGAUACUGUAUGUGGCGUUCUUUAUCGCCGAGACUCAUGGCCCGUUUAUGGAUGAGUCGUUUCGGGCCAGAAGCGGCCCUGAUGCGGACCAGGGACUCAAGAAGGAGGAUAUUACUGUCUGGCAGAUGGCGAAGGAUUUCUUCAGACCGAAGCACUUGGUUGAUGUGUACAAGACGGCGUUAAAACGCCGUGAGGGAAACACCCGCGUUGUCAUUGUGGCCGUCAUUGUGGCCAACAUGAUCCGCCGAGUGGCCAGAGGGUUCUUCAUGUACAUGUUCGUGCGGCGGGUGUUGCUGUGGGAGGGAGACGACUACAGCUUCUGGAUGUCGUACAGGACCCUGGUCGCCGCUCUGGGCUCCCUGUCCCUGGUGCCUACACUCUCCAACCUGCUGAACUUCUCGGACCUGGCCUUAGUGGUCCUAGGGACCGUGUCUAUCAUGCUAGAGUACCUGUGCUACGGGCUGGUGACCUCUGGUAGGGGCUACCUGCUGUGGGUGGGGCCGCCCCUCGGCCUGCUGGCCAACGCUAACAUCAUCGCCCUCAGGUCCUCUGCCACCAAGCUUGUUAGCAAGCAAGAGAAAGGUCACGUGACAGCAGUAAUGGCCUCGUUGAACGGCCUGAUGCCCCUGGUGGCGUACGGGGUCUACCAGGGAAUAUAUUCCAACACCGUGGCCCACUUCCCCUCGGCCCAGUUCUUCUUCGCUGCUGCCCUCAACCUCCUCAUCGUCGUCCCGUUCGCGUAA